AUGAACGUUGCCGUGAUAUCAGGCAGCGGGGGAGGGCGAAAAGAAGGCCUCCUCAACCUACCCACGGCGAGGAGGGCCGGGGGCGGCGGAGGACGAGGCUCCGUCGUCGACGUCCGGAUCGGCGGCGCAGGACCUCACCGGAGAAGGUGGGGGGGCCUCCGGCUCUCUUCCCACCGCCACUGCUCCUCCGACGCCACCGGCGGCUGCUCCUCCUUCCGGGCUCGCGCCGCCGUAGACGACGGAGUAGCGGCGGCGGGAGAGGUCAGCGAGCGGCGGAGGAGUUUCUACGAUCUGCUGGGUAUCCCCGAGGACGGCGGCGCCGCCGAGAUAAAGAGGGCUUACAAAGAGCUGGCCCGGCGGUACCACCCGGACGUCUGCCCCUCUGCCGAUCGCACGGCGGAGUACACGCGGCGGUUCAUCGAGGUGCAGGAAGCCUACGAAACCCUCUCCGAUCCCUCUCGCCGAGCUCUCUACGACCGCCACCUCGCCGGAGGGCUCCACCUCGCCUUCUCCGCCCGGCGGGGCCGCCACCCCGAAGAGGUAACCAGACACGGCAAUACCUAA